AUGGGCGACCUCGCCGCCACGAAGAAGCGCAAGCGCAAUGGCGUGGACGCUGUCGCCGACGCCGCUGCGGCCACCAAGAAGUCGAAGAAGGUGAAGGCCCCGCCGCCUAAGGAGGUCGAAGAGUCCGAGGAGGAAUCCGAGGACGAGGAUGAGGUGGAAGAAGUGGAAGAGGACGCCGAGGAUGGCUCUGAGGCUGCCGACAACAGCCAAGACGAGGAUGGGUCGGAAGCGUCCGACGAGGAGCAGGGCAGCGACCUCAGGGCCGACAGAGUCCUUCCCGCCGAUGCGACGCCGCUGGUGCCCCUUGCCAGCGACUCUCAGACAUUCGACGAGUUGAAACUCUCCGACAAGACGAUGAAGGCGAUUGGGGAAAUGGGAUUCACAAAGAUGACGACGAUUCAGCGCAGCGCCAUUCCCCCUCUGCUCGCCGGCAAGGACGUGCUCGGUGCGGCCAAGACGGGUUCCGGCAAGACGCUCGCCUUCCUCAUCCCAGCCAUCGAGAUCCUCAGCGCCCUGCGGUUCAAGCCGCGUAACGGCACCGGCGUCAUCGUCGUCUCCCCGACCCGAGAGCUCGCGCUGCAAAUCUUCGGAGUCGCCCGCGAGCUCAUGAAGCACCACUCGCAGACGUACGGCAUCGUCAUCGGCGGCGCCAACCGCAAGGCCGAGGCGGAGAAGCUGUCCAAGGGCGUCAACCUGCUCAUCGCCACGCCCGGCCGCCUUCUCGACCACCUCCUCAACACACCGUUUGUCUUCAAGAACCUCAAGUCUCUCGUCAUCGACGAGGCCGACCGGAUAUUGGAGGUCGGUUUCGAGGAUGAGAUUCGGAAGAUUGUCCAGGUCCUCAAGAACGACAACCGCCAGACGAUGCUGUUUUCGGCCACGCAGACGACCAAAGUCGAGGACCUUGCGAGAAUCUCGCUGCGGCCCGGCCCCCUGUAUAUCAACGUGGACGAGGAGAAGCAGUACAGCACCGUCGAGGGCCUCGAGCAGGGCUACGUGCUGUGCGAGGCCGACAAGCGAUUCAUCCUCCUCUUCUCGUUCCUGCAGCGGAUGCAGGCCAAGAAGAAGAAGGUCAUUGUCUUCUUCAGCAGCUGCAACUCGGUCAAGUACUACGCCGAGCUGCUCAACUACAUCGACUGCCCCGUGCUGGACCUGCACGGCAAGCAGAAGCAGCAGAAGCGGACCAACACCUUUUUCGAGUUUAGCAACGCGUCGCACGGCGUGCUGAUUUGCACGGAUGUCGCUGCACGUGGUCUUGAUAUCCCCGCCGUCGACUUCAUCGUCCAGUUCGAUCCGCCGGACAACACGCGCGACUACAUCCACCGGGUCGGCCGAACGGCGCGAGGCGCCGACGGCAAGGGCCGCAGCCUCAUGUUCCUGCAGCCCAACGAGGUCGGGUUCCUGUCGCACCUCAAGGCGGCGCGUGUGCCGGUGGUGGAGUUUGACUUUCCGACCAAGAAGAUCCUCAACGUGCAGUCGCAGCUCGAGAAGCUGAUUGGCAAGAACUACUACCUGCAGCAGAGCGCCAAGGAGGCGUUCAAGUCGUAUCUGCACGCGUACGCCAGCCACAGCCUGCGGUCCGUCUACGACAUCAACAAGCUGGACCUGGCCAAGGUGGCCAAGAGCUUCGGCUUCACGACGCCGCCGCGCGUGGACAUUACUCUGGGCCAGUCGAUGAGCCGGGACAGGGUGCAGGGCAGGAGGUCGUACGGGAGCCAGCCUCGGCAGGCGACGAGGGGCGGACGGAAGUAG